CCUUAUCGCACAAGACACUGACCAAUUAUUCAUUGUUUCCAGCUGAGCUUCACAGAACACAAUGUUCCUGUGUACGUUGGCGGCGUUGUUCGCUGUCACUUGGGGCGCUCACCAGCAUCCCACUACGACCACACCCAUACCAAAAACAGACCAUGAACUCAUACAGGACCUGUUAGCGGAAAACGCUGCUCUUCGGGGGAGACUGGGGACGAUGGAGCAAGGGGUUGGCGACCUGAGCCGCCAAGUGAUGCUGCAGCAGCUUUUCGUUGAAGAGCGCAUCCGCUCAGAUGGCAGCUCCGGACUCAAACAGGUGCGAAAUCAGCAAAGCGGCGAGCGAUCGUACCUGACAGCGGACUAUGCCACCAUGGGAAGCGUCGCUGGCAUCCACGAACACGUCAACAACAUCCGUACCGUUGGUAUGGGCGAACUAAACGUCGUUCUGAACGGUGUGGAGUUCCGGACCCGGCAUAACGACUACCGACUGUACAUGCCGACUACCGAUCGCACGUACAACGGGCGCCGCGAGAUCCCAUUCCCUGAUGUGCCGCCAGCAGUCCUCGCGAAGCUCACCGUCGCUGAGCAGGUCGAGGAGAUGAAAGAAUGGUUCAAAGCGUUCAAGAUGCAGGACCAUUCUGUCCGUGACUACCGGAAGUAUUUCAAGCCUGUGCUAUGCUACAUGGAGGGCGGCUGGACCACGAACACAAAGACACUCGAGGAACCAUUCUUCUCGGACAGACACCACAUUGACGCCUCAAGCUGGUUCGACCUCCAGGAUAAGGUGCGGUUCGCUUCCUACUCCGGGGGCAAGAGCAGCUUGGAGAACUUUGCCUACCUGCCCACAACCAUUAUUAACGUGGUCAACGGUACGCCCGAGUACGCACAGUGGAACUACAGAAUCAUGUGCCAUCCUCUGAAGAACGAUCUGCCCACUAGCGCCUUCGAGAUGAUUGACGAUGUAGGAGAACGGAUGAAGAAGGGUAUGCCGAUGUCUCGAUACAAUGAGACCCGCCUGGCCAGGUUCCAGCUCCGUCGCCAAAUCCCCACUAACAGAAAUAGCUACAUUCCUAGGACGUAUCUGUGGGGUCUGCUGGACGACUUGAUGUACGAAAUUCCGGGCAAGGAUAACUACGGGGCCAAUAUCACCGAUGACUCUCUUGGUCUGACCAUGUAUCACGUCAAUUCCAAUACAGAGCCAUUGGAGCCCGUCAAUACCGCUUACUACAACAGGAUGUACAAAAUCGUCGAGAAGGAUGCUAUGGGCAACAAGAACGUCCACCGGGGAUUCUCCGACUCCAACUUCUUCGCUGCACAGACGUCAAACCCGAGGAUUGCGGCGUUGUCUGUGGAUACAUGUAAGGAUUACCGCGACCACAAGACCCAUCACAACGUGCACAACUGCACGCACUACUCCCAGCGAUACACGUGGGCUAUCCCCCUGGAGAUCAUCUACCUCACACCGCUCUACGAGUGGAAUCCACACAACUUCCGUCACACCACGGCAUCUGGGGGUCCCGAGAUUUAUUCGACGACCCACAACUCCCAAGGGCAGGUCAGGAAUGGGAAGUUGGACGCCGACCACGCCUAUAACGGGACAUGGGACAAAGGCUUCUACCGGACACCUAUCGAAUUAUUCUCCACCACCAAGGCCGUCGGCGCUGACCGGGCGGACACAGCGAAAGCUUCCGUCGGAGUUCUGGAUCCUCAUGGCGUGGUGCAAAAAGUGGCUGCUUCCGGUACGCACAUCAUCCUGCCAAACAUUGAAGGCGUAGGGAAGGUGCGCACGAGAUAUCCCAUCAUGCCAGUGCACGCAGACGGCGAGCAAAGUCGGAAGGAACUCGACGCUCUCAAGGAGAUGGUCAUGAACAUGGCCAAAUACUCUUCUCUGUUUGAAGUAGAGCCAACCACCGUCUCUAACGCCAACACACAGUAUAACCAGCAGCCGCACAUGCUCAAGGUGACACCGACGACGCAGGAUCCACCGGGCUACCACGGUCACGACCUGAUGAUCACGCAGGCGGACAUUGAAGACAUGAAGAAGGGCCAGACGGUGCGAGGAAUCCUCACGACCACUGACCAGCAACAUCAGCAUAGCAUCGACAUCCACAUGGACGCCCAUGGCCAGUACGUUAUGGCCGCGUGUGACGGUCUCCCACGCUGCUGGGACGGGCACGACACGCAUCUCACCCUAGAUUUUUGAGUGGCUGCCAUGUUUUAAAUCAUGUAAUAAAAUGUCAUGCUCGUG